UCAUUUAGUAAAGUCAGUAGGCUCGGGAUAUCCACAGCGAGCAGUCGAAUUACAAUAAUAAUAAUUUUAGUCGAGUUUUUUCAUUUUUUUUCUUUUUUAUUAACUUUUUUUUUCAUUUGUCUCAAAUUUUAAUUUAUUUACUAUGUUGAGUAUCAUGGUUGUUGGAUGUACGCAAAAAUUAUUCAAUAUUUUUAGUUCGAUAAGUAAACAUUACACUUUCCACUGAUAGUAAUACACUUAGCUAAUUUACUGUCUCACAGAAGAAGAAAAAAAAAUUAAUUUAAUUCUCAUCUCUUUUUCCGAACUAAAAAAAAAAUCAAAUUUUUUAUGGUAAAAACGAUGAUAAGUAAACAAUCAGCUGUGUGAAACGCGAAUGUUAAAAUUUGAAUUCUUUUUUUUUGAAAUUUUUGUGAUAAUACUUAAUGGACUGAAUUUAAUAAAAAAAAAUUAAAUAUUUUAAUAUAAACUAAAUUAAAAUUUAUACAAAAUUAUAUAUGAGUGUGGUGUGAGGUUGUCCGAUUUACAAAUUAAAUUCAACGUCAUCCAAAAAUUUGUUACAUUAUAAAUUCGGUAAAAAAUAAAUCGAAAAGAAAUUUUCAAUUGAAAACGCGUAUGCAAUUUUUCGCAUUUUUUUUUAAACUGAACAAGUGCAGAGUGCUGAUUGCAGUGAUUAUAUGGAAAGGUUAAAUAAAAUUAAAUAAAGUAAAAUUGAUUUGAUAUUGAAAUAUUCGUGUGCAUUUUUAAAACAAACAAACAAAAGUAAAAAAAAUAGCACCGGUGGUGUGUGUGGUAAUAAUAAAAUCCGAGCCAAAGAAAUUAUGUCGAUUCAAUUUAAAAUUAUGUAAAGAGAGCUAAAUUAAAGGUUGGACAUUAAUUUAGAGGAACAAAUUAAUUGGUUAAACGGGAAAACGAGAACAGUACAAUGAGUGUCACAUGCAAAAUCCAGGCCACUAUUAAAAUGCCAUCAACAGAAUCAACACACUGCCAUGACAAACUGUCCAAUAGUCAAGAAGAAAUGAAGACUUUCCAAGCACAUAAAUCAAAUAGCCGUCUCAGUCAUGCACAUUCGUGUGGCAAUAAUAUUCCAACCAUCGUCGAUGAGUCAGUUUUCAUCAACAAUUCAAACAUGUCCAUCAUUUCCACCACUGUAUGCCGGCAAUUUUCCACAACAUUUUUCAAUCGCAAAUGGAUCUACCGAUACCUACUGACAUUGUUUAUUCUCAUGUAUGCCAUAAACAGUUCACCCAUAUUAUUAACAAACGCUCAAACACUCAAAUCGAAUCGAACAUCGGCCGCAAUCACACAAAAUUUCAACAAUAAAAUUAUUUCAAACAGUGGCACCGCUGGCGGUUCGGUUACACAAAGAACGGCCCGCAAUAAUCGUAAUAAUAACAUCCGAAAAGAACACUUCAAUGCGAAUCCGGACGGUGAAAUCAGUGAACGACCGAGUUGCCAUUCAUGUUCACAGCUGAAGGACGUGGAAGCCGAUAAUCUGAGAUCAUUCAAAAGUCACAUAUUGCAACGGCUCCGAUUUGACCAUGCACCGAAUAUAUCGAUGGAAUCGGUCACAACCGUUUCGGAGAGUGUGCUGGCUAACUUUUACAACAAAUACGGUGAACGGUACAUUCGACGGAAUGGACGGGACUAUAUGGACGAGAUGAUGAGUGACGAGCCGAAGAAUUAUGAAAGGGAUGAGAAUAAAGUUGGCGACGACAAUGACGGUGAAGAUGAAGACGAACCAUUCUUUUCGUCCACCCAAAGCAUUUAUUCAUUUCCGAAUGUAUCAAAAGCUCGUCAUCGCGGUGACAUUUUGGAAUUCACCAUACACCACAGCAAUAACCUUGCAAUCAGUGAGGCCAUAUUCCACCUGCAUAUUCACGGCGACGAUUGGAUUGCUGAAAAUAUUCCAUCACUUCUGGAAGAACAUCGACAUGACUCCAUCGGUAUAUCAUUGAAUCGUCUAGUGCGAAGCACAUUGCAACGCUACACUCGUACAGAUAGCGACUACAGAGGUCCUAUUCCGAAGGGCGAUGGAUUCGAUGUUCAGUUCAAUGUUACGGACAUGGUUAUCGAUUGGAUAAAGCAUCCACAAACGCCACAAGAAAUUGUUAUCAAAACAACCAAGCAAUGGAUGAGGCAGAUCAUAAUGUUGGAUUCGAAUUCAAAAAAUGCUCCAUACAUUGAAAUCCAAACCAAAGAGAUUCGACGCAAACGGUCCAAGCGCCAACUGGAUUGUGCACAUACUGGCGGUGAAACGCGUUGUUGUAGGUAUCCGCUACGUGUUGAUUUCCGUCAAUUCGGCUGGGACUGGGUGAUUGCACCGGAUGUUUACGAUGCCUAUUAUUGUGCGGGUGAUUGUCCGCAAGGCUAUCUGCCCAGAUAUCAUCAUUCUUAUGUAUCUCAAUUGGGAUCAUCAUUUUCACCGUGUUGUUCUCCGAAAAAACUGUCGUCGUUAAGUCUUUUAUAUUACGAUAGUAAUAAGCAAGUGAUUCAUAGCAUAAUACCAAAUAUGGCAGUUGAUAAAUGUAGUUGUUCAUAAGGAAUUCUCUGUUGUUGUCUACUACUUCUUAUGUUAGAAGUGACACGUUUUCGUGUCGCUUCAUAGAUUUUUUUUUUUGAUUUUGUAAUGUUGUGAUUGAUUGGUUAAGAUAUUUACGGCUAGAUAAAUGAGAAGUGGCAUUGAUUCCUAAAACUGAUUAAUCGGCCAACAAUCACAAUGCAAUUUGUUCGAUGCUCGAAUAUAUUUGGCUUAACAUUUAUGGUUAUUUUGAAAAGAGACACAGUUUUACUAAAAAAAAUGCAAUUUGGUAAGUGUGCUAUAUCUAUAGUCGCAGGGUUAGUACAAAUAAAUAACGUUGAACACGCCAACAUAACAAUACUCAACAGUUAGAUUUAUAAAGCUCUUAACGGUAAACUUUUUUGAUUAAUUUUAAAUAAUUAUUUUACAAAACCACGAUAAUGCCAUCUUAAUACACCAGUACACACAUAAAGUGACUUGAGUUAAGAAGAAGUUAAUUAAAACAGACUUUAGUUCAGUACAGAGGCAGGGCAAUCUAAGAAAUUACUAUAAAUCAAGUGUCACUUAUCGACCGAUAUCAUUUAAUUUUACAUAAUACGUCCGUUAUAUUGAAGUCCAUACACAAUCUGUGUGCUGUAUUAAAUUCACCACUUAGAAUCUGUCUUUGUGUAAUGCAAUUUUGGCUCAACCAUUUUAGAAACAC